AUGGAUGCAAAGAAGGCCAGUAUUGAGCAGGAUGAGAACCCGGCGCCCAACGCGUUGAAGCCCUCGGCUUCGAAUCCGACUCCAGAAGAAUGGGCGCAACAUUUUACGACUCAGGAUGAGGCCUGGCACAAAGACUAUGACAAAAGAUUGCUAGUCAAAGUUGACAGGAGGCUCAUGCCCACGUUAGUUAUGAUGUAUCUACUCAAUUUCCUCGAUCGAUCCAAUCUCGCCCAAGCUCGGCAAGGCACCCUGGAAGCGGACUUGGGCAUGUCCGGGACCGAUUUCAACUUGGCAACCUCCAUCUUCUUCGUCGGUUAUUUGCUGAUGCAGCUACCAUCAAAUCUGCUUCUCACCCGAGUGCGCCCGUCUUUCUAUCUCGCAUCAUCAUGCUGUCUUUGGGGUGUUGUAUCGACCUGUAAUGCUGGGGCGAAGACCUUUACGCACCUCGUGGUGAUUCGUUUUUUUCUCGGAUUUGUCGAGGCCCCAUUCUUUCCCGGUGCCGUGUUUCUCAUGAGUUCAUGGUACACCCGCGCCGAGCUCACCCGUAGAAUUGCAUAUCUUUAUGCUGGCAACGCACUGGCGAACAUGUUUGGUGGACUGCUUGGUGCAGCUAUUCUAGGCAAUUUGGAAGGAGAUUUGGGACACGCGGGUUGGAGAUGGUUGUUCAUCAUUGAGGGUGUAGUAGCCAUUGCUUUUGCCCUAGUGGCCAUGUGGAUCCUCCCAGACUAUCCUCACACGACCAAGUGGCUGUCCGAAGAAGAACGCGCCUAUGCCGCCUGGCGCCUCAUCGAAGACAUCCAAGAAGCCGACACCUAUCACGAACAGAGCAUGUGGGGAGGUGUAAAGAUGGCCGUACGCGACUACCGCCUCUAUAUAUUUAUUUUGAUGCAGCACCUAUCUCUGGUCACCCAGACUUUUCAAUACUUCUUUCCAACGAUUGUCGGUACCUUGGGCUACGGCAAGAUCAAUACCCUCUGGCUAACUGCUCCUUGCUGGGCUGCUACUUUCCUCAUUUCCGUCUGCGUAACCUACUCUUCGUCAAAAACAAGAGACAGAUCACUUCACAUAUUCUGCCUCACUCUUUUAUCUGGAGUUGGAAACGCCAUAGCGACUGGAUCGAGUGUUGUUGGAGUCCGUUACUUUGCCAUGUUUCUCAUGCCUAUGGGCGCUAUUUCCGCAUACCAAAUCAUUGUAUCGUGGGUCGCCAACUCAUUCCCUCGACCGCUCGUCAAGCGAUCAGCUUGCAUCGCCAUCGCGAACAUGAUAGGAAACACCGCCACUAUCUAUGGUAGUUAUAUGUACCCGAGCAGCACAGGUCCGCAGUAUGUUCCGGGAGGCAGUACUAAUGCUGUUCUCUGUCUGAUGGUUGGUCUGCUUGCACUGGUGCUUCGAUACUUGCACAAAUGGGAAAACACAAAGCUAGAGAAGGCGGAGUUGGAGGCGGCGGCCGCGGCAGAGGGAGGGGAGAAGAUGGCCGUUGAUUUGACCCAAGAGAAGAGAGCAGCUGGCUUCAGGUAUAUCUACUGA